UUCAGAUGGGUUUUUAAAUGAGGUUAAAAAUUACUCUAUAAGUAAUGAUAAUAUUCUUAAGAUAUAUGGAAUAUCCCAAAAUCCAUAUACGAAAGAUUAUAUCAUAGUUCUUGAACUUGCAAGUAAAAAUUUCGUUAAUUAUAAAUAUAUCAAAAAACCUUGGUAUUGGAUUGAAAAAUUAUGUAUCUUAGAUAAAGUUAUUGGCUGUCUUAAAAGUAUUCAUGACAAUCAAAUGGUCCAUCGUGAUUUACAUACAGGAAAUAUAUUAAUAUUACCUACAUUUGAAAUUUCUCUAAUUGAUUUUAUUAGCGUUAACGGUUCUCGUAUUGCUAACGUUAAUAAAAUAUGUAUUUCAGAUAUGGGAUUAAGUAGAGAAGUAGGUAAUAUAAGUAAUACAGAAGAAACAAAAGUUUAUGGAGUUAUGCCUUAUGUAGCUCCUGAAGUAUUGAGAGGAAAACCUUAUACGCAAGCAGCAGAUAUAUAUAGUUUUGGUAUGAUUAUGUAUUUUGUAGCAACUAGAAAACAACCUUUUGCCGAUUGUGCGCAUGAUGAUAUUUUAGCAUUAAAGAUAUGUAAUGGAAUUAGGCCUGAAAUUAAUGGGCAGGAAGCACCAAAAUGGGAUCCAGAAAUUCUGACGGGUCGCAGCUCUACGGAACGUAAAAUAUUUCUUACUACCAAUAUGAGAAUCUUUAUGGUAAAAUGUAUAAAUGAGGCUGGUUAG